AGGCAGCGCGGCCGGGUGUCUGCGGCUGGUGCAAUCGCCUGGCUGCAUAAAGAAGGAGCCGGGCGAGCGGCGCGUGGAUGAGCGAGUGAGCGGCGCCGGAUCCUUGCGCCUCGCCCGCCAUGCUCCGCUUGCCGGCCCUGGCCCUGGACGGCCCUCUGCGGGGGAAGGAGGCCGGGGCGCGGUGGGUGUGCUCCCUGAUGGCGGGGCCCCGGAGGGACAAGGCGGAGAGGAAGGGCCGGGCCCCGUCGCGGUGGAAGAGCGCCAAAGCCCAGGCCUCCGCCGUGAAGGAGGAGAAGCAGAGCCGCGAGAAGAUCCUCACCCUGGAGUCCAUGAACCCGCAGGUGAAGGCCGUCGAGUACGCCGUCCGCGGGCCCAUCGUCCUCAAAGCGGGCGAGAUCGAGAACGAGCUCCGGAAGGGAAUCAAAAAGCCUUUCACAGAGGUCAUCAAGGCCAAUAUUGGGGACGCGCACGCAAUGGGACAGCAGCCCAUCACAUUCCUUCGCCAGGUGGUUGCACUUUGUACUUAUCCAAACCUCUUGGACAGCCCAAGUUUCCCAGAAGACUCUAAGAAGAGGGCCAGGCGGAUAUUGCAGGGGUGCGGCGGAAACAGCUUAGGUUCUUAUAGUGCCAGCCAAGGAGUGAACUGUAUCCGCGAAGACGUGGCGGCGUACAUCGAGCGGCGAGAUGGAGGAGUCCCGGCUGAUCCAGAGAACAUCUACUUGACAACCGGAGCCAGCGAUGGCAUUGCUACUAUUCUAAAGAUCCUGGUUUCCGGAGGAGGGAGAUCCCGGACGGGAGUGAUGAUCCCGAUCCCACAAUAUCCCUUGUAUUCUGCUGCUAUUUCCGAACUGGAUGCCAUCCAGGUGAACUAUUACCUGGAUGAAGAGAACUGUUGGGCCCUUGACGUGGAUGAGCUGCGCCGAUCCUUGAAUGAAGCCAAAGCGUAUUGCAAUCCCAAAGUUCUUUGCAUCAUUAACCCAGGAAAUCCCACAGGUCAGGUUCAGAGCAGAAAAUGCAUUGAAGAGGUAAUACACUUUGCUUGGGAGGAGAAAUUGUUCCUUCUGGCCGACGAGGUUUACCAAGACAAUGUUUACUCGGAGAGCUGUCAGUUCCACUCCUUCAAAAAGAUUCUUUACGAAAUGGGGCCCGAUUACUGCAACAAUGUGGAACUUGCCUCCUUCCAUUCCACGUCCAAGGGAUACAUGGGCGAGUGUGGUUACAGAGGGGGCUACAUGGAGGUGGUGAACUUGCACCCGGAUAUCAAAGGGCAACUUGUGAAGCUUCUGUCCGUCCGCCUCUGUCCUCCGGUUUCGGGUCAAGCCGCCAUGGACAUUGUUGUGAACCCCCCUGUCCCUGCGGAGGAAUCCUAUGCACAGUUCAUUAAGGAGAAGGAGUCCGUUCUGAACAACCUUGCCAAAAAGGCCAAGCUGACGGAAGACAUGUUCAACCAAGUCCCAGGGAUUCAUUGCAACCCGCUCCAAGGAGCCAUGUACGCUUUCCCCCGGAUAUUUAUUCCUUCCAAGGCUAUCGAGGCAGCCAAGAUUCAUAAAAUGGCACCUGACAUGUUCUACUGUAUGAAACUUCUGGAAGAAACGGGCAUCUGUGUUGUUCCAGGGAGUGGAUUUGGCCAAAGAGAAGGAACUUACCACUUUAGGAUGACUAUUCUGCCUCCAGUAGAGAAGCUAAAAAUAUUGUUGGAGAAAGUGAAAGACUUCCACAUAAAGUUCCUGGAAGAAUACUCUUAAGCAAAACAAAGACUUUUUCUUUCUUUCUUUCCCAGAAUCUGUGACUCUGGAAAGUAAAACAAAAGCUGUGAUUAGGGGGGAAAUACAUUGUUUUUUUUAUCCUCUUUAAGGAAACCCACAACAGAAUCACUGCAGCCCGGCUAUGAGCUUUUGAGUGCACCCAGCCCAAAUGUCUCCUGUAGAAAAACCGAGUAUACUUUAAUAUUAUGGAAAGGAAUGGAAAUGAAAAAAGUGGACUUUUCAAAAAGAGUACAAUUUUGUGCCUUGACCAGAAAUAACAGAAAUUGCAUUGCUGGCUGCCCUGACAAGAUAAGAAUUUGGUAGCAGUUACUACUAGAAAAUAUGAUGUUAUGACACUUGAUUUUGGUCUUAGAUAAGAAGCCAAAAUUGGACUUGACCAAUAAUGGAAACUCAGUGUGAUUAAAAACUGUGGGCGGAAAAAAAAAGAAAUAAAUUAGCAAAGCAUCCCCUUUCUAGCUAUUCUGUUUUUGAAAAAUUGUAGAGUUCUAUUAUCUGGGGCAGUGUAUGAUUUUUGUAUGUUCUUGUGCGACUUCCACUGACGUCUGUUAAGAGAAUUUGGGAGAAGUGGUUGUAAAGUGUGCCCCAUGGUUUCAAACUAAUACAUUAGGGCGCUAUGCUACACCGCCAUCAGAAACGACGGCCCAAAUCCCAUUAUGAGUCUAGAUUAAAGUAACCCCAUUGAAUCAAUUGGAUUUACAUGUGUGCCUCACUUUGCAUCAAUUAAGUCAAUAAGUAGACUAUAGUCAUGGGUUGCAUCUACACGGUAGAGUGAAUGCCAUUUGAUGCCACUUUAACUGCCAUGGCUCAAUGCUAUGGAAGCCUGAGAGUUGUAGUUUUACAUGAUUUUUAGGCUUCCCUGCUCAAGAGUGUUGAUGCCACACCAAACUACAACUCACAGCAUCCCAUAGCACUGUGCCAUGGCAAUUAAAGUAGUGUCAAACUGCAUUCAUUCUGCAAUGUAGAUGCACCAAUAGUUAACUUGUUUGCAGAUGAUAUCAUAAUAGUCUUGGCUAAUCUCUUAAUAAGAAAACUGGAUUCCAAUUUUAUGUUUCAGGAUUAAAAGGGUGGAGGGAGCUCUGACUCUCCAGAUGUUGGUGUACUCCAUCUCCAGUGAGCUUUGUGAAAUGGGAGCUGUAGUCCAGCAACUUCUGGAAGGUCACAGAUAUUGGUGAGUAGUGUGUUUUCCAGGCUGUAUGGCCAUGCUCCAGAAGUAUUCUCUCCUGAUAUUUCGCCCACAUCUAUGUCAGGCAUCCUCAGAGGUUGUGAGGAUGCCUGCCAUAGAUGUGGGCAAAAUGUCAGGAGAGAAUACUUCUGGAACAUGCCCAUACAGCCUGGAAAACACACAACAACCCUGUGAUUCUGGCCAUGAAAGCCUUCAACGUCACAGAUAUUCUUGAUUGAACCAAUGGCCAAAAUUGUGCUUUGACAUCCCAACAAAUGGUGGAGGCUUUUGUCACUAAACCAGCAAGCAUCAGGAUCUUUGCUUGGAGACAAUAAAAGAAUGCCGAUUUAUUUUCCGUUUACAAGAAUGAACAAAGAAUCAUAGACAAUGAUAGGGAAAUAGAAACAAGAAAGAGGUGUAGGAGGGAUGUAAUUAGAAAUGUGUUGUGUUACUUGACAUUUUUCUACUCGUAUGGUACUACUUUUUUGGAAUGAGAUCUCGAGUAGCUUAGCAAAGCUGGACUUUUCUCGCUGUGCAUUCAAAUCCCGUUGUACCAUAAUGGAAGAGCAUUUCACUGUAUGACAAACUGCUAACAUUCCUUAAUUGGUAUUUGCUUACAAAUAAUAAGAAUGGGCUUAGAACAGGCAUGGGCAAACUUUGGCUCUCCAGGUGUUUUGGACUGCAACUCCCACCAUUCCUAACAGCCUCAGGCCCUUUCCUUUUCCCCCUCAGCCACUUAAGCGGCUGAGGGGGAAAAGGAAGGGGCCUGAGGCUGUUAGGAAUGGUGGGAGUUGCAGUCCAAAACACCUGGAGGGCCAAAGUUUGCCCAUGCCUGGCUUCGAAUCAAAGGAAAGUAAACUGCACUUAAAUGGAUAGGGGAUACUCAGCGGCAGAAAGGGGUCCAAAUUGUAAUUGUUCUCUUAUAUAACUUUCAGGGCUGUCGUUUUAAACAACUGAGGGAUUGCUAUGUAAUAUUAUUGCGCGUUGCUAAUUUUUUGGAAGGCUCUAGGGUAUAUUCUAAUACAAUCUUGAAUGAUUAUUUAUUGUGAGUCUUCAGCUUUCAGUCCCUUUGAUGCGAUAAGCACAGCGUUAAACACUGCGAGCUCUGCCCAUGAUGUCGAAUUGCGAUACAUAGAAACAAAACACAGGACAAGAUGGUGCGCUUUUCCCAUGGCUAAACGAACUGGAUUAAGCGAUGAGGUGCUGGGAAUGUUGCCAUCUUGAAAUUAGUUUCAUGGUAUGGCGAAAGGAUAGAUAUUUUCUCAUCAAGGGUAUAUAUUCAGACUAUACAAUUGUAGCGCUUUCAUACAAUUUUGGUACCAUUUAUGUUGAAUUCUCUGCUCGAAAGCUCUGGCUCUAUAAUUCAAGGGAGUGCCAAUUUGUCAUCCCAAACUACAAAUCCUAGAACUAAAGUGGGAUCAAAUUAGUAUAAUAUCACAAUGUGAAUGCACUCACAGACAUAUAAAUACCUCUGACUGGAUAUUUGACCGAAGUUCCCCGGAAUAGAUUUAAGAUGAAUGAAAGUAGUUUGGUCCGUUUGGUUGGAUAUUAUUGAUCACGUUAUUUACAUAGGAUUACAAUCCUCUACAACAGUGGUUCUCAACCUGAGGGUCCCCACGUGUUUUCGCCUACAAUUCCCAGAAAUCCCAGCCAGUUUGCCAGCUGUUAGGAUUGCUGGGAGUUGAAGGCUAAAACAUCUGGGGAUCCACAGGUUGAGAACCACUGAUCUACAAAUUUAGAUCCACUACUAAACACAUUGUACUCACUUCUAAAUAGAGAUGGGAGAACUGCAUUAUAGGUUUCUGAACUAAAUUCAUGGCAUUAAUUAUGAAUAUGCAUAUUAUCAGAUAUCACAUGAAAGAAGUAGGAUCAAACCAUUUAGACCCAACUAGAGUAGACUCAAUAGAGUUUAUAAAAACCUUGCUUUACCAUUCAACAAUGGAUAUCAAUGGGUUUACCUUAAUUGGGAAUACUAAUAGGUUUCAGCCUUUUAUAUUUGUGUUUUUAAUGCUACAAUCUUCACACUACUACAUAGGGAUACAAAUAUGGGAAUGCACGACCCUGAAUGUACAGAAGAUGCAACUUGACGGUACUUUGUUAUUUGGCAUGAUUUCUUAAGCAUUGAGUAGCGGAAGCAGAGCAAAAUCUCAGCUAUAGUAACCUAACUAAGCAACGCUGUAGUAACUUCCAUUCUUGGAAUGUUGCAGUCAAAAGGCAGAUCUCGAAAUAAAUGCACUUUUCUCCUCAAAUCUUUAGGCUCGCUGCUUGGGAGAGGCUGCCAUUACUGAAUAUGUAGUGCUCCAAUUGUGGUAGUUCCGAUAUAUUUUUAAAAUAUUUUUGUAAGUUGAAGAUUUUUUCAUAAGUUCGAAAAGGGUGGGUGGGAAGGAGAGUAUUUGUAAUCUUAAUAAACCAAUGGGUUUUAUAUUUACCUUGUGUUUAUGCCCAGUGUUCCUGACAAAAAAAAAGGAAAAUUCAAGGUUUACAUGUUUCUAAAUAAUGUUUUUUUGCAGGGGGUGUUUAAAAGUUAUGGUUCUUUCCUCCUUCCUUUAUGUCUCUUCAAAAAAUGAGAUCCAUAGUUUACUUUGAUGUCAAGGAGACCGCCCCUACCUUUUGUUGCAUUUUCUAUAACAUCUUAUUAUAGUGCCUUUUGAUUUCUGAUACUGCAAGAGGGACUGUACAGGGCACUUUUUCUUCAUUGGAGAAAGACAUGUAAUACAGUCAGUUUACUACACUUGUAUGUACUGUAGUUGAGCGAAAGUGUUACCUGGUUGGGCUUGAUGUAAGGCUCAAAAGCCUAUCUUGGAGGUGAUAUUAGUGGACCUUCUUCCCAAAUGUUUAUUUGGGGACACCAACCUAAGAUACUUGAAGGAAGGAGGUUUUUUUUUCUACUGAGUUGUUCCAUUUUAUUUGGUUUUGUUUUAUGUAAGUCCUUGAAUAAUAAAGCAAAUUGAACGUUGUGAUGCAUGCUGGUAGGUUUGUGUUUCCUACAGGUGCUCCCCACUACUGUACAUGGAUGACUUUUUCAAUGUACUUACUACUUCAAUAAAUAAAUAAGCUGUUGGAACUCG